CUUUUACUUCAUCAAUGGUUCGAUCUUGUUAAGCCUAUUGCUUGCAGUACGUCCACCCAGAAUAAUAAAAAAAAGAGAAGGUAAACAACUUUUGGUCCGAAGAUGUAUGUCCGGGCACUUAUCACCUCUGUGUUGAUCCAGCUCAAGAACUUGCAGUACGGCUAGUUCAAAUUGAGUACUCGAUAAGUGUAGUUGGGUGUGAUGGCUCCGAUUCUUAGAGUUGAGAAAAAACCUGCGCGGGAAGAAGUGUAUCAAACCUCGCUGGAACCAAAGUACCAACUGAUUGCCCGGGAUGAGCUUCACGAGAACGAAUACAGCCGGGAACCUGCGCUGGCUCAGCUGAGAGAGUUCAUCGUCAAACAUCCCCAGAUUAAGCAGUGUAGAAUGGAUUCCGCGUUCUUGCUGAGAUUCCUACGCAACCGAAAGUUCAAUGUGACGGCGGCGUGUGAUGCGAUUGUGAGAUACCUGACCAUGAAGACACUGCAUCCGGAGUUUUUCAACUUUGACCCACUUCAUUUGAACAAGCUCAUUGGCGAGCACCUGGUGGUGCCUCUGGGGCAAGACGCCGAAGGUCGGCUGGUGCUGCUGAUCCGGUACGGUCAGUUCAAUCCCGAGGAGCAUUCCCCGGAACGGCAAGUCAACAUGAUUGGACUGGCCAUCGAGACCCACUUCGACAACGAGCAGUACCAGGUGACGGGCAUUGUGGUGGUGAUUGAUAUGCUCGGGAUUUCGUUGGCCCACCUGGCUGUGUUGACGGUGCCCAAGCUUAAAGUUAUGACCACGAUUACCGGUGAAAUGAAAAUGGUUCGAAUUAAGAAAGUACACUUGCUGAGAGUUCCCUCGUUGGCGGCCAAGCUGGCGGAAUUUUGGAUCUCGACUACCCCAGCGAAACUGCAGCAGAGGAUGAAGUUCCACAAGACGCUGGACACGCUCAAGGACGACAUCGACCCGGAGGUGCUGCCGACGAUCUACGGCGGCAAGCAGUCGCUGGAGGAGGCCAACGAAAAGUUCCACAAGCUAGCGCUGUCCCAGCGGGACCGAUUCCUGAAGCAGGCCGAGAUGUACAUCGACCUGUCGAUUCCGGCGCCGAACGCGAAGAAUGCCAACGCGGCCCUCCAGAGUAGCGUCGCCGACGAGUCCGUCAUCGGCAGCUUCCGGAAGCUGAACGUGGAUUGAUUGAGAGAGGGCAGUGAGAACUUUGAAUGUCAACAGGACAGAGAGAAUGAGAGGAGGAUUCAUGGCUAAAACGUGCUGUGAUAGGAAGAACGUUGCAACCUUGGUUCUUAAUAAAGUUUUGUUAAAUUUCAAA